CUGGUGAAGGACUCAGCCGUUGCUGUGUGUUUGGAUGUGUGGAAAUGCAACAACAUUCAGCAAUGGAAUCUGAUGAAGAGGUCCCCGUCAUGUUAAGCUGCGAAUCGAGCGAGUCGACAAGCUGGCACUCGAAUCUGAGUACGGUAUCGGAUGGGUCCAUUUCAUCGUAUUCGAACUGCGGCACGCAGACAUCAUAUUCAUCCCUUUCGGAUGAGACUGGGAAUGAGAAUGGUAAUAAGAAUGGAAAUGAGAAUGGACAUGAGAAUGAGAAUGGGAAUGAGAACACAUCGGAGCAUGCCACGCAGGGUGGGGCAGAAGAUUCGGCUUCCUCCAGUGAUGUUCCGCUCAAGGACUGGAAGGACUGGAACUUUGCCGAGCACUUCAAGAAGGAUCCGGCUGGCUUCCUCGAUAAGUUUGUCGAGAACUAUGUCCAUCUGAAUAGCGUGGUCACGCUGAAGAGUGACAUGGCCAAGCGGGCCGUUGAGCAAUCGAACAUUGUCAGGCAGCUGCUGCUGCAGGAGCAGAAGCUCAGCAGCGAGCUGCGCCAGGAGCUGGAAGACUACAAACAGCGUCUCGAGAGUGCGAGCAUCAACAGCCACAAUCAGGCCAUGGAGAGACACAAUUUAAUGCAGGAACUGGACCAGACCCGGGAGCAGUUUUUCGAGGAACGUUCCAUAGAGCUGCUCAAGCACAAUGGCAUCAUCAGCGGUUUCCAAAAGGAACUCAUGCAGUGCCAAAAAAAAUACGCGGCCCUGAAAGCUGAAAGGAAGAGACUCGUGGCGGAGCUCAACGAAUGCAAGAGUAACACUGCACAGGCAGUGCCGGAGGGAGGGGACGGGUGCGGCAGCCCUCAGAAAUGGGAAAUACUUUGCGCGGCACUCAAAGGCCAACACGAAUACAAUCAAGGCAUCAUUCAGGAGUUGCAAAAUAAAAACGAAGAGCUGGAAACGAAAGCCGCAAACGGACUGCAGUCUACCGGUGCCUCCGCUGAAUAUGCCAAGCUGCAGGAGGAGCUGAGAUUCUACAAGAAGCAAUACUUCGAGGACAAUGCCGACGAGUCGCACGGAAACAAGGAGCUGCAGGAGGAGCUGACGCGCAUGCAAGCGAUCCGCAAGUCUCUGGAGGUGUCCAAUGAGCGACUCUCGAGUGAGUUGGAGGCCUACAAGGAGUCGUUUUACCAGGACAAAUCAAAGGGUAACGAGAAAAUCAAGAAUUUUUGUCGUGAUCUCAAAAACGAACUCAGGGAGAAAGAGAAAACAAUUGACAAUCUUCGUGGGAUGAAUGAGAAGUUGAAUGAAAAGCUGGCAGACAUGAAGUUUAUGCUGAACCGCAUGGAUCUGCAAGCGACGGGACUCCAAUUUUCCCUCGAGAUGAAUUCGGAGCUGGAAACACGUGAGGCCUCCUACGAGAGAGCCUUUGUGUUGCUCCAACGAUUGAACUCGCAGCUGCGGGAAGAGGCCAGCAAGACACGAAAGAGCUACAAGAAGCUGAAGGAGAGCUUCAAGCUUGAGCUGGCCAAGCAGCAGGCUCUCAGCGGUAGUGACGGUGGCCAGAACCCCGGCAAGACCGGGAAACUUAACGCUCUGCACGAGAAGUUGAUGCAUUAUGUGAAUAAGCUCAGCGCCACAUCCGUGUCCGAUCACAGCCUCGGCAGCAGACUCAGCCGAGUCAGCAGCAACGUUUCGUUGUCUCAGAUCAUAGGCCGCAAUCACCUCAAGAUGGAUCCCGAUGAGGUGCUCGAAGAUGCGUUCAAGGCAUUCUGUGACAUGGUCACCGAUUACUGGGUCACCCAGAUGCACCCCUUUGAAGCCGUGGAGCCCAGUAGUUAUUCAUCGAACGAUGAAAAACGCUUGGAAACCUAUUAGUAAUCCACGCAAUUCUACACACAACUAACACACUCCGAACUCUAAUCAAACAACAAACAAAUUCAAAGAAGGUCUCCGCUUGAGAUCCUUUUUACACUCCCCUUAAAUAAUGUUCGUGCACUAUUGUUAUAUUUCCUAAAAUGCUUUAACGAACCAUCCCCACUACUAUAUGUCAACCAGGAUCGAUUCAAAUUCACAAUUGUUAUAUAUUUUAUAGUUUCACUGUUUUCGAAUUCAAAAUUAAACGCGCCCAUUGGAAGGUGGAGCUGCAAACUAGUUGCA